UACAUCAUCCGUCAGUCUCUGCAAAUAUUCCUUUCUCCUAAACCACAUUUUCACAGACGGCGCCUCUGUCCGUGUGCUUACACUUUCCAUUUACAUUUUCUGACGAAACAUAGAGCUGACCGGCGCAACAGCGAUUUAUAAGCAAUACGAAAGGAGCAGAAAACUGCAGCGCCAAACAAACGUCGCUUCAAAUGAACCCAGACAAGCUGAGCUGAGGUUCACGAAGGGUACACAUUAAGUUUAGUACGCUGACAUUAAACGGCAGAAUUAGCAAGAAGGUCCCUUAGCUACACGAAUUAAAUCGUUAUCGCUGGAUGUUGUGACUGAAGUAUUCAGUCGAGCCGACGGCUCAACUUUGAGGAGGCUCUGCAGUGGACAUCGCUCACGAGAAAUGAUGAAGGCGAGAGGAAGGAGUGCACACUCAAGGAGGCUCUGAGGUGAUGCUGUAACACAUUCAACAGCAUUCAGCGGAGUCAGCACGUUGUGUUACAUCUGUGGACUGCGGUGGUGGAUGUGGGCAAGAUCUGAGGAGCAUGGGGCCAGUACGCGUUGAAGAACGGCGGCGUAUGGCAGUGGUUUUAAAGGGCACAUCUCCAUCAGAGAAACCCACCAAGUACUAACUCUACUGGAUUUUACCCAAAGGGAGGCUGUUGAAAACCCAUGUGCUUUAGACAUUUCCUUCCCGGAUGUGGAUACUAGGCUUAUUUUAUGUGUCCAGCACAACAUAUCAACGGUGGUAGAUUUAUCCCCCAUUUCUUUACAGAUUUUGUACAAGAUUUGUUCUCUUCCAGCCCCCCUCCCCCUUUUUGCACCUGCUUUGCUUUGUCAAAGCUCACCGAGCGCUUUAGAGCGCGCUGCUCUUACUUGCAUCUCCGUACAUCGUGCAUGGAUUCUACAUGAACUGGGGGUUUUGUGAGGGCUGCAGUGAUGCUCCCAUUUACUGAUAUCGCCUCACAGCUCGCAUUUCCUGACAGAAAUGGACUGCCUAUAAAUGUUUGGGGAGAGAAAAUCAGCGGGCAUUAAAUUAUGAAUGUUGAACAAGAUGACCUCUUACCAUCAGCGCCAGAUGUUGAGAGGUCCUAGAUGGAAAGGGGCUUGGUUUGACCCCUUGUUUCUCCUGCUUUUAGCCCUGCAGUUGCUUGUCGUCGCCGGAUUGGUACGAGCGCAAACCUGUCCUUCCGUAUGUUCCUGCAGUAAUCAGUUUAGUAAGGUCAUCUGCACACGCAGAGGUCUGAAGGAUGUCCCUGACGGCGUCUCCACCAACACACGGUAUCUAAACCUUCAGGACAAUCAGAUCCAGGUCAUCAAAGUAGACAGUUUCAAGCAUCUGCGACACCUUGAGAUUCUGCAGCUUAGCAGAAACCACAUCCGCAACAUCGAAAUCGGCGCCUUCAAUGGGCUGACCAGCCUUAACACUCUGGAGCUUUUUGACAAUCGCCUCACGACCAUCCCAAAUGGCGCCUUCGAGUAUCUAUCAAAACUGAAAGAGCUGUGGCUUAGGAAUAACCCUAUAGAGAGCAUACCGUCUGAUGCCUUCAGUCGCUUGCCCUCCCUGCGGCGCUUGGACUUGGGAGAGCUGAAGCGUCUCUCCUACAUUUCAAGCGGAGCAUUUCAGGGCUUGAGUAACCUUCGCUACCUGAAUCUGGGCAUGUGUAACCUCAAAGAGGUCCCCAAUAUUCAGCCCUUGAUUCGCUUGGACGAGCUGGAGAUGUCCGGGAACCAGCUCACCGUCAUUCAGCCCAGUUCUUUUAAGGGUCUCGUCCAUCUUCAGAAGCUGUGGAUGAUGCACGCCCAAGUCCAAACCAUAGAGCGGAACUCCUUCGACGACCUGCACUCUUUGCGAGAGCUCAACCUGGCUCACAACAACCUUACCUUUUUGCCCCACGAUCUCUUCACGCCUUUGCACCACCUGCAGCGAGUGCAUUUGCAUCACAAUCCCUGGAACUGCAACUGUGACAUCCUUUGGCUGAGCUGGUGGCUGAAAGAGACCGUGCCAACGAACACCAGCUGCUGCGCCCGCUGCAAUUCCCCUCCCAGCCUCAAGGGGCGCUACAUCGGUGAGCUAGACCAGAGCUACUUUCAGUGCUACGCGCCCGUUAUCGUUGAGCCGCCUGCCGACCUCAAUUUGACUGAAGGAAUGGCGGCAGAGCUCAAAUGUCGGACGAAUUCAGUGACCUCGGUCAGCUGGCUAACACCAAAUGGCUCCAUCAUAACACAUGGGGCGCUCAAGAUGCGCAUCUCCGUCCAAAACGACGGAACACUAAACUUCACCAACGUCACCAUCCAGGACACGGGAACCUACACUUGCAUCGUCAGCAACAUGCUAGGCAACAUUUCAGCCUCUGCGGUCCUCAACGUGACGUCCGUUGACAACAGCGGCUUUAGUUACUUCACUACGGUCACUGUAGAGACAAUUGAAACCUCUAUCGAUGGGGAGAGCAGGACACCUGUGCAGCCUUCUUUCGGCUGGGCGUCCUCCUCAACCACAAAGGGAACACCUAUCGCCACAGAGAGAGCGUACACCAUUCCCGUGACUGACAUAGACAUUGACGGCGCUCUCAAUGGUUUGGAGGAAGUGAUGAAAACCACCAAGAUCAUCAUUGGCUGCUUUGUCGCCAUCACACUCAUGGCGGCCGUCAUGCUCAUAAUAUUCUACAAGAUGCGCAAGCAGCACCACCAGCAGGAUCACGAUGGGCCGGCCCGCACCAUCGAGAUCAUCAACGUACACGAGGAGCUGACGAGGGUUCCGGCCAUGGAGAGUCACCUGACUCUUCCGCCCCUGGAGCAUGAGCAUUACAACCACUAUAACUCCUACAAAACUGCUUAUAACCAUGUGUCUGCUCUCAGCUCGCUGCAUAGUUCAGUGCAUGAACCUUUACUAAUCCAAGCCAGCUCAAAGGAUAACGUGCAGGAGACGCAAAUUUGACCAUGUUUGACGAACUGAACUACUAACGCUGUUUCAAUUUUGGUUGUGGACACGCUGUCGUAAUGAAGAUGACAGCGUGCAUUAAGACCUUCAGCAAUGUCACUGAGAGCCAGGGUGUAUGUAUAAUUAUUUUAACAAGUGUCUUUACAAAUCUUAUUUAUUUAAAGAUAUGUGAAGUGACUGAAUCAUGAAAUCACAACACAAAAAAAGUUAAUAUCUGCUUUUUUUCUUUUUCAUUUCUAUAUUUUGUAAACUAGGGGAAUGAAUGAUUUGCUUUCAUGUGUUGGUAGAAUUAAGCAAGAGAGUCGUGCGGGGUUUUUUUUUUUUUCUUUUUAGUUGUGGCAUAUUACAUCCCGUUGCACCAACGUGUUUUCAUUUUUUGAGACACUGGAAACAAAAACUGUCCACUGAAAACAGCAGACUUUAAAUCGCAUGGAGCACUUAGAUAUGAAUGGUGGGCCUGAUGGAUGGCGCAGAUCUAGAGAGGUGUAUAAAUGGUUACAUUCCCCCAUGAAAAAUCCUGUUACUGAGCAAAAAGCUUUCAUUGUCAGGGCCUGGAUUAUUCUGCAAAUGCAGCUUGUGGGAUAGGAAACAUUUUUAGUAUUUAUAGAAGCCAGUGUUCCGAACACACAUCAAUUAACUUCAAUUCAGAAAAUAGGUUUGCAUAAUUGCCUUGAAUUACAGUUCUCAAGUCAAGGUAGUAUCUAAAAUGUGGCGCUGGAAAUUCAGCAUUUUUUGCACAAAAUCUGUAAAUCUAAUUUAGUACUCUAAAUGCCAACAACCUGUGAAUAAAAAAUGAAUUCUAUACAUCAGUGCACAUCAGGCACGUACUAUUAUAGCCCCAAUGCCACACGUGUGUGGGAUAUAAUAGUAUGUUAAUAAAAUGCAAGGUAUGAAAUAACCCUGAGUGGCUGAGGACUGAGGGAAUAUGAUUUCUAAGAUUGUUUCAGUUUCAGACAAAAAUGGCUAUGAGAAAAUAAAUAAUGAAAACACACUGGACAAAAUCAGAGUGCAGCCCAGUGCUUUGUUUAUUUGCGAACUGCAUUAUUUUCAAUAGAAGUGAUUUGUAAACCACUGGUUUACUAGUUACUGUGUACGUGUGCUUUUGUAUGUUUGUGUUGUAUCUGUCAUAUACCAUGAGUUAUUAUUUGUCUAUGGAAUGUUAUGUUCAUUCUGUUGUGUAUUUAAAAAUCACUUUUUUCUGAAACGGUUUAUUUGACUCGCAACUGCAUACCUCACCUAACAUGAUGAUGAUGAUAAUGAGUGUGCGAAUCUGUCUGUGUCCAUACGUGCAAAGGUUUGUGUGUUUAUAUGCCCUACCAUGAAACUCUCUUGUUCAUCGGCUUGUGUAUUGCUUUCUCAAAAUGUUUCUCAGCGUUGAUAAAAGCUGAUGUGUGAUGUCUCUUUCCCCCCUUUUAAUCAUUUUGGACGACAUGAUAAGAAGAUGUGAUACUGGUCUCACCAGUCAACUGCUGAAGUAAACCUAAUAGGUUCAUAUGGCAAAGGCAUCAGAACGGUACAUGAAGUAUAUACCUCUAAUUCAUCACGUGUGCUGACAAGUUUCAUUUUGAAUAGAUGUUUGCCAGCAGGGAAUUCAUCGCAUAACAUUGUGUAUGUAAGGUUUUAAUCUUACAUUUUAGCAUUGAAUUAACAGAAUCAUCUACUGAAUGUGAUAAGUUUCAAGAAAACAUAUUUCAUCUUACAUGAUUCUUUUUAUAUUUAAUUUUACGUGUUUCAUUUUUUGUUGCACCAGACUUUUAUUUUCACCCUCAUUGCUGUUCAUGUGUGGAAGAUGAAUUGUAACAUUCAUAAGCAUUUCAUGAAGGAUAAACUGUUGCUUCCCAGCAUAUGUGUUUUUUUAAUUAAUUAAUUUUUGUAUCCAAUUAAAAAUGUUCCUACCAUUUUUAUUGUACAUAAUAGGUGGGAUAAAUUGGGACAGCAGAAAAAAAACAGCAUUGUGCUGUUGAAAAAAAGACUAAAAUGUCUCUGUUUUCAGAGGGUCUGUAUAUGAACGCUAGCUUGCUCCUAUCUGCUUCAGUGUUCCCGAGCACUGCAUCAGUUACAGAAGCUACUACGACUAGAUCAUUGAUACCUACAUGGCCUACAUAGAAAAUCUGUGGUGUUGGACUAAGCGGAUUCUCUUUUGUUUUCUUCUUGUGAUUUGUUUGUUAUUGGUAACUCAUUUUAGAUUUCUAUGCUGAACUGAAGUGAUUUUUUUGGCAAGAGAAUGUCUCUUUAUUGACAUAUUUCUACAAGAACUGUUAUUGAAAAAUAACCAAUAAUAUUUCUGUCAAACUACAUAUUUGCUGAUCAAUUCAUAAUGCUACUGUAUGGGGAUACAGCUAACUAAGCGUUAACCAUAAAAAAAUAUAUAAAAUACCAGAGAUUGUAGUUCAUACGGUACAUGCUGUAAAUGUAAAUAAAAUGUUUUUU